AUGAUGGAUGACUUCCGAGCAAUGCCUGACGAUGAAGCCAUUGCAACUGCCGUGUCCAGCGUUUUGACUCUGUUCGAUUUCGGCGUGCAGAAUUUGAAGCCACUGCAGAUGCUACCUCUUCGCCUCCUUGUCGGUAGACGGGACGUCUUCGCGUGCUUUCCUACGGGCUUUGGAAAGUCGCUAAUUUUUCUUUUUUCUCCCGCACGUUUGUGCCCGACUAGCAACUUCCGGCAAUAUCCCGCUGAUCCUGUGGUGCUUGUGGUGACUCCAUUGAAAUCGCUGAUGCGAGAUCAGGUCGCUAUUUUAAAGCGCAAAGGGUUUGCAGCUGCCUUUAUUGGUGAGUCGGAUUCGUCAGAUGCUGCUAUCAAGGUAGGGAAAUUCCCCUAUGUCUAUGGAAGCCCCAAAGUGCUUGUCGGCUCAUGCGAGUGGCGAUGCGCCUUACAAGCAAAUGAGUUGAGAGAGCGGUUCGUGGCCGUGGUAGUGGACGAAGCUCACACAGUAGUUCAGUGGGGCACUGCAUGCCAGGACGUUAGUGAGGAAGAGGAACCAUUUCGCGUAUGGUCGGCGAAUGACUUGAAUCUUUUCCCAACAGAAAACGCGGAAUCAGUUGGACUUCCCGCCAUUCGUCGCUACUAG